UAGAUGUUUAUUUUUCUAAGAACAGCUCUCGCACAGGGACUGGUUUCUGAGCAUUGGACUUUUAGCCUGCCUGUGCUUCCACACUGCUGAUUCAGUGGAAGAUGAGAAGCUUCUGGUAGUCCCAGCCGGUGGUAGUCAAUCGCUGGACAUGAGACUUGUGAUGGAGGAAUCAGGGCAAAGAAGACACACAGUGGUGGUUAUUCCAGAGGUCAGUCUAACAACGGGGCCUUCUAGUCACUGUACAACCAAAGCUUUCAAUGGGCGCCGUACAUCCAUGAAUAUGUGAAAGAAAUACAGAAGAAACACACGAAUUACAUAUUCCUUGGAUACACUCAAUUUACUCUAAAAGGUUAGCGACAUUUUAACAGCUUUAAAUGCAAUCCAAAACAUUACAAAAUGACUCGUGAAAGUCUGCUGUAUAGUCAGGAACUAAUGCAGGAUCUGAAAGAGGAGGAUUUUGAUGCCAUUUUGACAGGCCCGUUAUCCCCCCUUGGAGUCCUGGUGGCAGUUUUCCUUCCCUUCCAUCUACAUGUUGCGUGGAAUGAGAUCUGGCUUAGAUUUUGAAGCUACCCAGUGUCCAUGUCCUCCAUCUUAUGUCUCCUGGCAGGGAAGAUGUUAACUAUAACAAACUGUUUUAAUAGUUUUAAUACAUGUUAUACAGAUUUAAGAAGAUCCUGACAGAUGUUGCUGAAAACCUAUUUGUCAUCUCCUAGUUUUGAUAACUAUGCUUUAAAGUUUGACAUCCUGUCGCUAUCCAAAGUGGUUUAAAUGAACCAAUGUUGGCAGAGAAAAUGCUGGAAAUGGAAUCUGAUAAAUCUGGUAGGGAUAUAUUUUAGGUUUUUAUUCAUAUUUCUUGAGUGAGUUUGCUGAGGGCUGAGUGUCACUCACUAGCACUGCAGUAAGGUCUUUGCACUAUCACACAGUAAGCCCCAUCAGUUUCACCUUUAUGCCACUCCUACAAUUAAGUUCACCAAUAAUGACUUGACUUUAAAUGAAGGAUGGCCUUUGUAUUUUCCUCUUUUGGAGAAUCAGGCUCAGACAGUUUUCUGCCUCAGACAGCAUGGCUCUCGCACAAGCAUUAAGGCAGCAUUUUGCAAUUGGGCUGCUGGCUGGCCUCUGUGUGUUCCUCCUGGAUUCAGUACAGGGCGGAAAGCUCCUUGCAGUGCCAGUGGAUGGGAGCCAUUGGAUCAGUAUGAAACCAGUGCUAAUUGAACUGGGGAAGAGAGGACACACAGUAGUGGUAGCUAUUCCAGAAGUCAGUAUGCAGAUGGGGCCCUCCAGUCACUACACAACCAAGACCUUCCCUGUGCCCUACACCAAAGAGAAGAUAAGAGAGAUGAAUCAGCUGCAAAGGAAGGUUUUUGAAGAUGUUUCAACUCUGGGACAAAUUAGGUUUAUUUUGGGCUUUGUACAUUUUUUUCAGAACUUCAGCAGAUCAACAUGUGAAAGUUUUUUUUAUAACCAAGAAUUAAUGCAGGAUCUGAAGGAGCAGGAGUUUGAUGCCGUUUUGACAGACCCUGUACUUCCCUGCGGAGUAAUUGUGGCUGAAUAUCUCUCUGUUCCCUCCAUCUACAUGUUAAGAGGGAUUCCUUGUUCACUGGAUUUCAGGGCCACUCAGUGCCCUCGACCUCCAUCAUUUGUUCCCACGUUUUUCACAAAGUUCAGUGACCAGAUGACUUUUACGCAGCGGAUCGUGAAUUUCCUAAUCAAUCUCCUAGAACCGUUAUUAUGCAAAUUUUUAUUCUCUGCGUAUGAUGACAUGGCUUCUUCUUUGCUCCAAAGAGACGUCACAGUGGAAGAAAUCAUGAGCCGUGCCUCAGUGUGGUUGAUGAGGUUUGAAUUUACUUUUGAAUAUCCAAGGCCACUGAUGCCCAACAUGGUCCUUAUAGGAGGAAUCAAUUGUGCUCAGCGGAAAGCUCUGUCAUUGGUAAGCUUAGCAUUUUAUUCGAAAUGGUGACGGUGUGAUGUUUGCUAGUCAUUUCUUGAUCACAGAAAUUCUUCAGGAUGCUUUUUGAAAGAAUAGUCUUUAUGUCCUAUCAAAAUUUGUUCAUGCUUUCAAAUUUCAUUUGAGUGUUUUAAUUUAGUUUUUUUUAUGAUGAUGUUCUUCUCAUAGGUAGGUGGCGCUGUUCAUCUAAAUUU